AUGGCAAUAGAUAUAUUCAAAUACAGAGAUAAAAUAAUACAAGAAAUUUACAAAUUUGCUGAAACUGCCGAUAUAAACGCUAUUGAUAAUGUUAAAGAAGCUUGUUUUAAAGUGAUUAAUAAUUUGAGUAAGAAAAAACGUGAAAAAGAGUUAAACAAAAGCAAAGAAGAUGAAAAUAAGAAGAAAUUAGAAGAAUCAGAAAAAAACCGAGAAAAUGAUGAAAAGAAAGAGAAUGAGCACAUAAUUCGUAAAUUACAAGAUGAACAGGAAAAAAAGUUUACUUGUGCCAGUUGUGGUGAAGGCAAAACACCAAGCAGCAACUCAUACGGAAAUAAUUUCGGUUUUUCUAGUGUCAGCGAAUUCUUUGCGUGGAUGAAAAAAUUAGGGGUAAACGAGAUUAGAUUUGAUGUUGAUAGUAACCAAGUAAUAAUUAGUUGUAAUGGCAAUAAGAAAUUAAAGGUUUCCGAAGCAGGUUUAUCAACUAGACAACAAGAGGCGUUAACAGAAAGAUUCGAACAAGAUAGUUCGCCCAUUACUUUUAGUCAGAUUAGCGAUGAGAUUAAUAAAAACAAGAAUAAAAAUGGCAACGGUGGAAUAAUUGCUGCUAUUGUAGUAGUCGGAGUAAUUUUCGCAGUGAUUAUUGGGUUGAAAGUGGAAAAAAUUGAGUGUAUAAAAAAAGCCGGACAAGCCGUCAGUAAUAUUUUAAAAAGGUUAAAAAAAGAAAUAAGACCAGGCAUUUCUGGCCAAGAUUUAGAUAAACUGGCCCAAAAAUUAAUGAAAGAACAAGGAGUUCAGUCAUCCAGCCUCGGUUAUAAGGGUUUUUCGGCGUCCAUUUGUGUGGCUAUUAACCAUGAAUUGACCCACGGCAUACCGGAUGAACGGGUUUUUCAAGAGGGUGAUUUGGGUUAUCAUGCCGAUGCGGCUCUGACGACCAUCGUCGGAACCGGAGAUGAAACCAAAAAAAAUCUCCUCAAUACCACUAAAAAUAGUUUAUAUUACGUUAUUCAAAAUAUCCAACCAGGACUUACUACUACUCAAGAUAUUGGUGCUAUGAUAGAAAAAUACAUUCGAACUCGUGGUUAUUAUCCCAUUAAAGAAUAUGGUGGGCACGGCAUUGGGGAAAAACUUCACCAGGAGCCAUUUAUUCCUAAUUAUAAAACCCCUAGCAAAGGAGAAAUCAUUAAAGAAGGAAUGUUUAUUUGUAUUGAACCUCUGGUGCAGAUUGGCGAUGCCAAAGUGGAGGUUGCUGCUAAUAAAUGGACGGUUUUUUCCAAAAAUGGUCAUUUGAACGCUCAUUUUGAACAUACUGUAUACAUUGGUCCUACUGAAUUUUUUACCACUCAAGGCGAAGUAAUUGAAUUAAUAAAUAAAAAAAAAUUUCGGGUUGCGUGCGGUAAUGGUAAAAUAAUUGAGGCCGACAUGCCGGCUCGCUUUCGGACUAAACAAGGACGCCGCCGGGCUACAAUUGUGGUCGGGGAUAGAGUGAAAGUAGAAAUAAUUUUGGGUGAUUUAAGCAAAGGACAAAUUAUUUCUCUGGCGGAAGAAGAUGCGGGAGACAAAAAAUAA